AAUAGGAGUUAACUGUUCUAUAUAUUAAAUCGUUUGGUGAAAGAAAUAUAAACGAACAUAAUAAUAUUUGAUUAAAUCUUCUAAAAGUGCUUUUUUUUUUCUUUCAAAUAUCUAAAGCAAUUAUCUUAGUUGCGAGGCAAUUUUAUCUGUCUGUCAUUUUAAAUGAUAAUACCUCACAGACUGAAAACUUAUUUGGUACGAACACUUCCUUGUAUCAGAGAUAAUGCAAGUUACUUUUUAGUUGUGUGUUAAGUAUUAAGAUAACCAGAUUGAAUUCUUUUGCUUUCCCGAAAGAAACUGCCGCUUUUUCAAGAUGUGGUCAAGUAAACUGAAAGUGAAUAAGUUGCCAUUUUUGAAAAUUGUGAGGUUUUACUCUAGUCCGACGCCUCAGCCUAUUCGAUCGCUUGAAAUUCAUCAUAAAAAAAUAUUCAUCAAUAAUGAGUGGCACAAUUCCCUAUCGGGAAAAACUUUUCCGACUAUCAAUCCAGCAACUGGAGAAAUAAUAGCGCACGUGCAAGAAGGAGAUGGGGCAGAUAUCGACAAAGCUGUUUCGGCAGCGAAAGAGGCCUUCCGGUUCGGAGCCCCUUGGAGAAGACUGGAUGCAUCCGAAAGAGGAAUUCUUUUGAACAAAUUGGCAGAAAAAAUGGAAAAGCAUCGGAAUUACUUGGCUAACUUAGAAUCGCUGGAUGCUGGUAAGCCUAUCAGUGAUGCUUUCUACAUUGAUGUGGAAAUGGCCAUUAGAACUUACAGGUAUUACGCAGGAUUUUGCGACAAAAUUUCUGGAAAAACUUUGACAGUGGACGGCGAUUAUUUUUCUUUCACGAGACAUGAACCUGUUGGCGUGUGUGGACAAAUUAUUCCGUGGAACGUCCCUCUUCUGAUGCAGUCCUGGAAACUGGCCCCUGCACUGGCUGCUGGAAAUACAGUCGUCUUGAAGCCAGCAGAACAGACUCCUUUGUCAGCCUUGUUUGUUGCAGAACUCAUCAAGGAAGUGGGUUUCCCACCAGGCGUCGUUAAUGUUGUUCCAGGAUAUGGACACACUGCCGGGGCAGCUCUCGCUGCCCAUAAGGAUGUCAAUAAAAUAGCAUUUACUGGAUCUACAGAGAUCGGCCAGAUUGUAAUGGAAACUGCCGCAAAAUCUAAUUUGAAGAGGGUAACUUUAGAGCUUGGAGGAAAAAGCCCGAACAUUGUGUUUAAAGAUGCAAACUUGGAAAAUGCAAUCGAGGCGUCUCAUUUUGGUGUAUUUUUCAAUCAAGGACAAGUCUGCUGUGCAGGUACGAGGCUUUUUGUGGAAGAAGAUAUUUAUGACGAUUUCGUCGAGAAGAGUGUCGAAAUGGCUAAGAAAAGAGUCCUGGGAGAUCCACUUGAUUCGAAGACCACACAAGGUCCUCAGAUCGAUGAAAGCCAGAUGAACAAGAUUCUAGGUUUAAUCAAAAGUGGAAAAUCUGAGGGUGCUAAAAUGGUGUGCGGUGGAAAUCGUUUCGGAGACAAGGGUUAUUUCGUCUCACCCACAGUCUUUGCUGAUGUGAAGGAUAAUAUGCAAAUAGCGAAAGAGGAGAUUUUUGGUCCUGUGAUGCAAAUCCUGAAAUUUAAGGAUGUUGACGAACUACUAGAGAGAGCAAACAACACCAAGUAUGGCUUAGCUUCUGGUAUCUUCACUCAAGACAUUGAUAAAGCUAUGUACUUUUCAAGCGGUCUGCAGGCAGGCACUGUCUGGAUCAAUUGUUAUAACGCCUUUAGCACUCAGGCACCCUUUGGCGGCUUCAAAAUGUCAGGAAUCGGUAGAGAAAUGGGCGAAUAUGGAAUUCAAGCUUACAGCGAAAUUAAAACGGUCACAAUGAAGGUACCUCAGAAAAACAGCUAAAGAGUGAAUUUUGUAUUCUUCCAAAUUCAAUUUUGAUAACGGCAAAUAGUAAGACUGAAGCUAUCCAUGUAAAUCUCGUACGCAAACAUUGUCAAUAUCUACUUAUAUACAAUAAAUGUUAUUUUAUGGUU